CCUUAUCAACUCAUGGCCAGCCACAUGUCACAACCAGUGUAGACACACAGUCUGCUAACCCCUAUGAAACAAGUAAGUUUGAAUAAGCUCUUACUUGGUAGAUAAUUGAAACAAACAUGUCUGACGUAGAAACUGAAGAGACCCCAUCGCCACUGUUUGGGAAGGAAACAAAGAAUACAAUAGUCCUUGGACUAGGAUUCCUGUUUGUAUUCUCGUCAUACAUGUCGUUACAGAAUCUGCAAGGAAGCCUGAACGACGAAGGUGGUUUGGGAGUUCUCUCCCUUAGUUGUCUCUACGCAGCAGCCAUUUUGUCGGCCAUCUAUGCUCCCACGUGGAUCACUGUUGUUGGGGUCAAGCGAUCAGUGUGAACGUACCGGUGUGGAGCUACAAACCUCUCUCAGCAGAAUUAACGGGAUUUUCUUCGGAAUGUUUGAACUUAGUAAUAUCGUGGGUAACCUACUAUCGUCCCUUGUACUGUAUCAAGGCCAGUAUAACAGCACCAACUUGAACACUACUUCCUUUUGUGGAGCUCAUGAUUGUCCUGAAGCAGAAACAGUGGACAUCAUCGCUGAUCCCGAACCCACUGUGGUUUACAUGCUUCUGGGUGUGUUUCUAGGAUGUGUCGUCACGGGGCUAGGGGUUGUGAUUAUUUUCCUUUCACCAGUACACAAUCAGUCCUCAACCAACAAGAACACAAUCAAACAGUCACUGUGGUCCUGGUUCAGACUCAUCAUCAAGACUGAUAUCAAGUUUCUGCUUCCAUUUAUGUUAUAUUUAGCUAUAGAGCAGGUUGUGGCAUUUACUGAACUAACCAAAUCAUACGUGAGCUGUCCUUUCGGAAUACAAAACGUCGGCUACGUGAUGACAGUGUACGGAGUUAGUUCUGCAACAAGCAGUUUCGUAUUCAGCAAAUUAGCUAGAUUUGCAAGACGAUAUGUUCUACUGGGCCUUGCUGGGGUUCUUCAGAUGGCGCUGAUGUUGUGGAUGUAUCACUUGGUUCCGUCUUACCAUGACAUUCACCUCGUCUACGUUAUAUCCUCAGCAUGGGGAGUUGCGGAAGGAAUAUGGAAAACCCAGACGAACUCCGUAAUAGGGGAAAUAUUUCAUGACAAUAAGCAGUCAGCAUUUGCAGUAUAUGAAGGUGUCAAAUCUAUAGCAUUUACAUGUACCUUUGUGUACAGUAGUAUGCUGUGUGUUUCUGUCAAAAUUAUAAUCGCAAUGACCUUCCUAGUUUUGGGGAUGGCACUUUAUGCUUUGGUUGAAGUCAGAUAUCUGAGGAAAUCCAACAAACGGAUGUCUGAAGACGAAAAGGAAGAAGUUGCUAAACUCGAAAAGUCCAAUUAACUGAAACAAACGCUACAGUCUGCGUGACAAUUAAAACGGAUUAAUCAAUCAACAUGUUAUUAAUAUAUGCAAUUGGUUGUUUUCAUUAACAACAUAGAAAUGGUAUUAAGCAAUACUUCACAGAAGAUGUUUGAUGUGUUUAUAGAAAGUGUUCAUUUUGUGUAUUCUAAUCUACCUUUAUACUGGUACAAAUAUAGUUUACAAAAUAUUUUGUCUACAUCUAGCGUGAGAACAAUGUCUGUGUAUAGGUUUGGCAUGGCGGCCUAGCUGUUUAAGGAGAGUUACAUCACUUGAGCAUGCCAGAAUCCAAUGAUCAUUACUCAUUAGACUCAAAUCCAAAACUAGCAUUUUCCCAAUUUAUGACACAUCUUUCUUGAUGUUAAUCAUACAGACAAAUUAAUUAAUAGACUCAUAUUAUCUUUUUUUUAUUCCGUCGCGUACUUCGACCUUUUGUAUUACC